AUGCGAAGCCUGAGUGCGGCGUGGCUGCUGGGGGGCGUCAUCGUGCUGGCGGCCUCCGCCUCCUGCAAUCGCACCGUCCUAGGAACCGGUAGACCCUCUAAAGGAAGAAGUCUCAUUGGUUACAUUGAUCACUCACCCCAGGUCCGUGGGAAAGGAGCGACAGUGAAACCGGGCUUUUCUGUGGAUGAGUUUUCUGCCUCCGUCCUCACUGGAAAACUGACCACUGUCUUUCUUCCGAUCGUCUACACGGUCGUAUUUGCGGUUGGUUUGCCAAGUAAUGGCAUGGCCCUGUGGGUCUUUCUUUUCCGGGCGAAGAAGAAGCACCCCGCUGUGAUUUACAUGGCCAACCUGGCCUUGGCCGACCUCCUCUCUGUUAUCUGGUUCCCUUUGAAGAUUGCCUAUCACAUCCAUGGCAACAACUGGAUUUACGGGGAAUCUCUUUGCAAGGUACUCAUCGGCUUUUUCUACGGCAACAUGUACUGCUCCAUCCUCUUCAUGACCUGCCUCAGCGUGCAGAGAUACUGGGUCAUCGUGAACCCCAUGGUGCACCCCCGGAAGAAGGCACACGUUGCCAUCGGUGUCUCCCUGGGAAUAUGGCUGCUGAUUCUGCUGGUGACCAUCCCCUUGUACAUCGUGAAGCAGACCACUGACAUUCCGGCCCUUAACAUCACGACCUGUCAUGAUGUUUUGCCAGAGCAGGUGUUGGUGGGGGACAUGUUUAAUUAUUUCCUCUCUCUGGCCAUCGGAGUCUUCCUGUUCCCAGCCUUCCUCACGGCCUCUGCCUACGUGCUGAUGAUCCGGACACUGCAGUCUUCUGCCAUGGAUGAGAACUCAGGAAAGAAGAGGCGGAGAGCCAUCAAGCUCAUCCUCACUGUCCUGGCCAUGUACCUGAUCUGCUUCACUCCCAGUAACCUUCUGCUCGUGGUGCAUUACUUCCUGAUUAAAAACUGGGGCCAGAGCCACGUCUACGCCCUGUACAUCGUCGCCCUGUGCCUCUCCACCCUCAACAGCUGCAUCGACCCCUUUGUCUAUUAUUUCAUUUCGAAAGACUUCAGGGAUCAUGCAAAGAAUGUUCUUCUUUGUCGGAGCGUCCGUACCGUAAAGCAGAUGCAAUUAUCCCUCACAUCGAAGAAAUUCUCUAGGAAAUCCAGCUCUUACUCUUCAAGCUCAACCAGCGUUAAAACUUCCUAUUGAGUCUUCCAGCUCCUGGGAUGGAAGUUAUGUAGGAGGGUUUGGAAGCUGCUUAACCUUGUAAGGAUGCUUCUAUCAUUUCCUAACCAAGCAGGUUUCUCCGCACACCCUGUAUAUGCAGCACCGCUCAGGAUUGCCGGAAGCGUCCCUGUUUGUAUAAGGAAAGUCCCUCAAAUUAACAUAGAUGUCACUUUCAG